UUUUCGUCUGCUGCACAGUUGGUGAUGCGCUGGUGAAUGGAAAGUGUGUAUUGACUUGAAUGUGGUACUUCGUUUUGCUUAUUUUUGAAGAAAAACACAAAUCCUUCUAAGGAAAAAUGGUUAACGAGGAUCGAAGAGAUGCUCGGGACGAUCGAGAUAGGCGAAAUAAAGACAGAGAAGUUGACAGAGACCGAGAAAACAAAGAUCGUGAAAGAGAACGAGACAACAAAGAUCGGGAAAGAGACCGGGACGCCAGAGAUCGCGACAACAACAAAGACCGUGACCGUGCUGGGAAUAACCGAGACAAAGAAAAAGAUCUUGCCAGGGAACGUGAUCGUGAUAGAAGGGAUCGCGAAAGAAAACGAUCACGCAGUCGUUCACGUAGUCGUGAUCGUGCAGUAAGGCGACGUAGAUCCCGAUCCAGAUCGCCUAGAGAACGCCGCGAUCGGAAAGAUGUAAAAAUUGAACCAGAGGCGAAAGAGCAAGAAGUAACAGAAGAAAAUAAUGAGCAGGUAGUCAAAAAGGAACCUCUAUCGCUGGAAGAAUUGUUGGCCAAGAAAAAGGCAGAAGAAGAAGCAAAGAGCAAACCAAAGUUUCUAACGAAAGAAGAACGUGCUGCCGAAGCUUUGCGUAAGCGACAGGAGGAGGUUGAAAAUGUGCGAAAACAACAAGAAGAGGAAAGAGCAAAACGAAAUGCCUUCUUCCAGGCAGCCAAAGAAACAAGCAGGGAGACAGAACGUGAUCGAAGACGUGACAGAGAACGUGAACGAGAAAAGGAGACUAAAGAUCGUAAAGAAGGCGAAACAGACCGCGACAAACAAAAGGAAAUGGACGCCAUCAAAGAUCGUUAUUUGGGCAUGGUUAAAAAGAAGCGUCGCGUUCGGAGGCUGAACGAACGUAAAUUCGUUUUCGAAUGGGAUGCUUCAGAAGAUACGGCUGUGGAUUACAAUCCAAUCUACAAGGAAAGACACCAGGUCCAAUUUUAUGGUCGCGGUCAUGUUGCCGGUAUAGAUAUCAAGGCCCAGAAGAAAGACCAAUCAAAAUUCUACGGUGAGAUGUUAGACAAGCGUCGAACAGAUUCGGAAAAGGCUCAGGAGAAGGUGCGUUUGAAGAAGGAACAAAGACGCGAAGAUAAACAGAAAUGGGAUGAUCGUCACUGGCAAGAAAAGAGAGUCGAAGAGAUGACAGAACGUGAUUGGCGUAUCUUCCGUGAAGACUACAACAUUACGAUCAAGGGUGGCAGAAUUCCGAAUCCGUAUCGUUCGUGGGCAGAUUCUGAUCUCAACAAAGAAACUUUGGAAAUUCUUGAAAAAGUUGGGUACACGGAACCAACCCCAAUUCAGCGCCAAGCCAUUCCUAUUGGAUUGAAAAACCGAGAUAUUAUCGGUGUAGCUGAAACCGGUUCAGGAAAAACCGCCGCUUUCCUGAUUCCUUUAUUGGUUUGGAUUCAAUCUCUUCCCAAGAACGUUCGUCUCGGCGAUGAUGAUUCCGGACCGUACGCCAUUAUUUUGGCCCCAACUCGUGAAUUGGCUCAACAGAUUGAGGAAGAAUGUAUUAAAUUCGGUCAGCAUUUGGGCAUUCGAACAGUCGCCGUUAUCGGUGGUCUAUCAAGAGAAGAGCAAGGCUUCAGGCUUCGAAUGGGAUGCGAAAUUGUUAUCGCUACACCUGGUCGUUUGAUCGACGUCUUGGAAAACCGAUAUUUAGUACUUUCCCAGUGCACAUAUAUCGUGCUUGACGAAGCAGAUCGUAUGAUUGACAUGGGUUUCGAGCCCGAUGUGCAAAAGAUUUUGGAACAUAUGCCGGUCACGAAUCAAAAACCGGACAACGAUGACGCAGAGGACGAACAAAAACUGAUGGCCAAUUUCAAUUCUAAGAAUAAAUUCCGACAAACGGUCAUGUUUACGGCCACUAUGCCUCCAGCAGUGGAGCGACUAGCUCGAACGUAUCUGAGGCGUCCGGCUGUCGUUUACAUUGGCUCUGCAGGUAAGCCCGUCGAGCGAACAGAGCAAAUUGUCUACAUGGUGGACGAGAAUGCCAAACGGAACAAGUUGAUGGAGAUCCUGCGUCGUGGAAAACUCGAACCGCCAAUCAUCAUCUUCGUCAAUCAGAAAAAGGGAGCCGACGUUUUGGCCAAGGGCUUGGAAAAAUUCGGCUUCAAUGCUUGUACUUUGCACGGUGGUAAGGGCCAAGAGCAGCGUGAGUUUGCUCUUUCCAACUUGAAAUCGGGAGCCAAGGACAUUUUGGUUGCCACAGACGUUGCUGGUCGAGGUAUCGAUAUUAAGGAUGUCUCGCUGGUCAUCAAUUAUGACAUGGCUAAGACGAUCGAAGACUACACCCAUCGUAUCGGUCGUACUGGUCGAGCUGGUAAACACGGAACAGCUAUCUCAUUCUGUACCAAGGACGAUUCUCCGCUCUUCUACGACUUGAAAGCCCUACUUCUCUCCAGUCCUGUAUCAACUUGCCCACCAGAAUUGGCAAAUCAUCCAGAUGCCCAGCAUAAACCUGGCACUGUCGUCCAACGCAGACGGAAAGAUGAGAAAAUUUUUGCUUAAAAUUCUUUCCGUUUUCUUCGUCCAUUUGCAAACAAUCGCGCAUUUUCCAUUUUAUGAUUUUAUACUACCUGGAGAGGAAAAUAAAAUCAUUUUUGCUCUAA